AUGUUUUUUAUUAUUUCUACUUUUCUCUUAACUUUUGGAAGAGAAUCUCCUGAUCCUAAUGAUGCAUUUCUUAAUUAAUCAAUAGCAGUAAUGUUAGGAGGAUAAUAAAAACACUACUAUGAUAACAAUGUUGUUGUCCAUUCUUCAACUACAAAUCAAAAAAAUCAUUAUUCUUCAAUCUCGCCUGAUUACUUUGAUGAUGAUGAAACUACAGAUUUUGUGGAAUAGCUAUAGCCUUACGAUUAUAAUUAAGAGAUUAACUUUAAUGAUUUAAGGGUCUCUAGGAUACACUCAAAUGUAAAUAAAAUGGAAAUGAUUCCCUUAAUAAUUCCUGAUGGAAAUAUGAGUGAUUAUGCAGUGAAAAAAUACUUAGGCGAUGGUACCUUUGCAUUUGUGUAAAGUGGUAUAAGAUUAUCAGAUGGUUUGCGUGUUGUUUUGAAAUAAAUAAAAUCAAAAUACCUCUGGUGGGCAAGAAUGGAAGCUUAAAUUAUAGAUAUAUUGAAUGAAGAAAAGAAAGCAUCAAUUGUAAAAUUAGUGGAUAUGUACAUGAACAAUACAAGUCCUGUUUUAGUAUUUUAGGAAUUAGAGGACAGCAAGACUCUUGAUUAUAGGAUCUAUUCAUUUUAUCAUGAUUUAAUUUUAGAGGAGAUAAAAAAGUUUUAUUUCUAGUUAUUUCAGGGUCUCAGCAUUACUCAUUCAAAAGGAAUAAUGCACUUAGACAUAAAACCUUAAAAUAUUAUAGUUUCAAAUGAUGAGAUACAAAUAAUUGAUUGGGGAGUGAGUGACUUUUAUUAUCCAUUGAAAGAAUACAGGACAAGAGUAGGAACUCGUCAUUACAGGGCUCCAGAACAAUUGGUCCAUUAUAAGCAUUAUGAUUACGCAGUUGAUGUAUGGGCUUUAGGAUCGAUCCUGGCAUCUACUAUAUUUAAAAAGUACCCUUUUUACAAAGGAAGAAAUAAUGAUGAUUAAUUAUUAUAAGUAGUCAAGGUUUUGGGUUCAAAGGAUUUAUUUUUGUAUUGUGAGAAGUAUGACAUUAAAUUAACUGAGAAAUUAAAAAGAACAUUGGAGGGAUAUGAAAGGUAGCCUUUGGAGAACUUCAUUGAUGAGGAGAACAGAGAACUAGCAAGUCCAGCAGUAAUUGAUUUAUUGAAUAAGAUAUUUGUUUAUGAUCACAGGGUUAGGAUAACGGCUGAAGAGGUUUUGUAACAUGAAUUUUUCAAAGAAUGA